CAAGUGCAGUGUUUGAGAUUGGCUCAGUUGUGUUUCAGCAAAAGUGGAGUUUAAGAGCGUUUUUGUGAAAAUUACUUAGUGGGUUUGCGAAAAUCGCAAUUUUUACAGGAAAUCAUCAAAGUUCUGUUUAUAAAAAAAAACGCUUACUCACAGAGAAUUCACCGUGGUGCUCCCUGGACACCAUGCUUAAAUAUAUAUUCAAAUUUUCUUAUUUUCCUACGAUGUGUUUUUAUCCAAAGUGAUGGACAUGACCCUACGUACCAUCAUUUUUAGUGUAAUUUUAUUUGUUUGCGUAUAUUUUUCGCGUGUGUUUUGUGCCAUCAAACAUUAUUUUCAUUAAUUAUUUAACGAUAUCGAUUUGAUAAGAGACCGUUGCAAAAGCGUCAUAGGCACACAUACAUACAAAAAACAAAAAAAAAAAACAAAAAAAAAUUCGCGAAACAAGAAAGCUUCAUUAUCUGUUUGGGUUUGGUUUUGCGAUUUCGUUUGUGUUUUUGUUCUCACAUGCAACAGACAGCCACCAACGUUUACAGCAACAACACAGUAAAAAUUGGACUUUGUUCGAGAGAGUGAGAGAGUGUUUAAAAAAAAAAAAAGUCUACAUAAAAAAUUUACGAAAUUAUAUUUUUCAACAAAUUUGAUAAACAUUUAAAGGCAACGAACCGGCACAGGAGUGAAAAAAUAAAGCAAAAACAAAAAGAAAUAAAUAAAAAAUCUCAAAUCGAGCGUAUUAAAAAUCUGCCAAACAUACAAAUAUACAUACAAACAUCAUGAUAAUGCAACUGAAGUAAAAAAAAAAAACAUUAUAAAAAACAACAACAACAACAACACAAACAAAUAAACGCCAAAUGUGCAGAGGCAUUGACGCAAGUGGCACGCAGCAAUACCAACAGCCGCAACAGCAAUUCGACUCUCUACAAAAGGCCUACACAUUGAGAAGCAACAGACACAACCGACAAGCGAACAGUUGAGUCGCGACAAUCACAAACAGCAGACGUGUUUUAUAUGCUAUUACAAAUAGCUGAUUGAUAGAAAGUGUUCAAUAUAACGGUGUUACAAAGUUACAGUUAGAGAGGCAUAGCAAGAUCGUUUAGUGUGCAGGUUUCAAAUAAAAAUUGAAUAAAUUAAAUAAUUAAUUAAUUAAUAAAUAAAAAAAAAAUAAAUAAAAUAAAAAAGUGAACUCGUCUUUUUGAAAAACCUGCGGCAGCUCAUAUUUUUCUAUUUAAAUUCAUAAAAAAAACAACAAAUUUUUCGAAAAUAAUGCUUCGUCACUUUGUGCUGCGCUCUGUGGCAUUCGCACAGCCUGUGCAAUCCUGCGCAGCUGUUGCGGCAUCGAGCGUUCGCCAACACAGCACAGUGGUCUCGACGAAGUGCUCGCAAACGGAUAAAUUUCUGGUAUAUAGCGAUGAGGAGGGCUACAUCAAGCAAUCACCUUUUGACCCAGUGGAACCAGUCAAUUUAACUGUGGAUAAAUAUGUAUGGCGUGAUUUGAAAAAAUUUGAAAAUGAUGUGGCGACGCUUUGCGUCAUCAGUGGCCGCCAAUAUACCUAUGCACAGUUACGUGAUACCAGCGCCGCCUUUGCCAUCCGUCUACAGAAUAACUUUAAGCUCGCUCGCGGCGAUACGCUAGCAAUAUGUCUACCCAACAUGCCCGAAUAUCCAAUUGCCGUAUUGGGUGCCAUCGAAGCGGGUCUCACAGUGACCACCGUCAAUCCGAUCUACACGGCAGAGGAAAUCUCCCGUCAACUACAGACCAGCAAUUCAAAGUUUAUCGUCGGCACCAGUCUGGGAUAUGGCGUCCUCAAAGAGGCUUGUGUAUUGGCACAAAAACAAAUACCCAUUGCUGUUAUACGUUUCCAACCGGACGAAGAGCUACCUGAUGGAGCUUUGGACUUCAUGGAAAUAAUAAAUCCACAAGGCGUUGACUAUUCAAAAUUGAAGGAUUACAAUGUCGAUCCUGAUAACGUAGCGUUCCUGCCCUUCUCGUCGGGCACCACCGGCCUACCGAAGGCAGUGCAGCUCACACACAACAAUAUCACAAUUAAUAGCGAGCAGUUGGAGGGGUCUUUCUGCUUUCGGCAAUCUGGCCGACAGGAGGUGCUGCCGGCCAUCUUGCCAUUCUUUCACAUUUACGGUCUGAAUGUGAUUAUGCUCUCGAAGUUGGCGAUAGGCGCGAAAUUGCUGACAAUGCCACAGUUCCGUCCGGAAGAUCUACUCACAGCAUUGUGUGUGCACAAGUCGACGAUUUUGAAUGUCGUGCCGCCCAUGGCGCUCUUCAUGAUCAACUACCCGAAGCUAACGCAGGAUGUUGUGCCCCAUUUGAAGUACGUCCAGAUCGGCGCGGCACCGAUUGCUGAGAGUGACAUGCAACGGUUCUUGAAGAAAUUUCCCAAAACUAGCUUCCUACAGGGUUACGGCAUGACCGAAACCUCACCAGUCACACUAAUGGUGCCAUUAAACAACACACGCUUUGCCUCCGCGGGCGCACCGGCGCCCCUUACCGAGGCGAAAAUAAUCGCAAUCGGCACUGAUGAUUACAAGGGUUUGGCACCCAACUGCACCGGCGAGCUUUGCGUACGCGGACCACAAGUCAUGAAGGGUUACCUCAACAAUGACGAAGCCAAUGCGGAGAUCUUUUUGCCUAAGGGUUGGUUGCGUAGCGGCGAUGUGGGCCACUACGAUGAGGAUGGCUACUUCUAUAUAACCGAUCGCAUGAAGGAGCUCAUCAAAGUGAAGGGCUUCCAAGUGCCACCAGCCGAAUUGGAGGGUAUACUGCGUGAUCAUCCGAAGAUCAUAGAAGCCGCUGUCAUACCCCGUCCAGACGAAGUGGCCGGCGAGUUGCCGCGGGCCGUGGUAGUGCUACGGGAGGGUGCGAAAGCUUCGGAGCAGGAGAUCUAUGACUAUGUGGCGGCACGAGUGGCGGAAUAUAAGAAAUUGGACGGUGGCAUUGUCUUCACAAAUGAAAUACCCAAGACGACAACGGGCAAAAUUUUACGGAAAGCAGUGAGGGAAGCAUACACAAGCUAGGGGAGCGUGAUGGUGUUGUCGAAAGGCUAACAUACUCGUAUGUUGGGGGAAGAGUCAAGCUUUUAUUGGAGUCUAAUGUGUAUCUGUAAAUCUGUGCAUAUUUAUGUGGAAAAUUGUGUUGUUGGCGCUGUUAACAUAGUAUGUAAAAGGAAGACCAUUAGGCAGCGAAGGUGGGGCUGGCGCAAACUUUUAGGGUAAAAUUGUAAAAAAUAUUCAAGCUUUAUUGGAAUGCACUUUAAGUGAAUAUUUGCGAAAAAAUCUUAAAGAUGACUUGUGCAAACUUUGAAUGUAGCUUGCGCAAACUUUUUACAAAAUUUCAUUCUAAGCGACGAAAAAAUGUGGCAACCAAAAAAAUUUGUAAAUUUGAACAAAUUUUUAGUGUGGUGUGUGCAAGUUCUAGUUUGCGCAAACUUUUUGCAAAAGUAUAUUUUAAGACAAGAUAAAAUUGGUAGAAACGUGAAGAAUUUGUAUGUGCUGCGCAAGCUUUUAAUAUGGUGUAGGCAAGUUUUGGCUUGUGCAAACUUUCCAUACAUCAAAGUUUUAAAAAUAAAAAUUGUUUAGUUGCCACAAUAAUCUGUAGAAAAGUUUUAAAAUCAUUAUUUUAAAAAAGCUUGCGCAACACAAAUUGCACAGUCUCACGCAGAAAAAAAAACUUGAUCGAAAUUGUUGCAUUUCUUAGCAAAUAGGAUUUUUAAAAUUGGAACAAAAGACAACAUUUGGCGCCAUUCGAAUGAUACUCAAGCGCCAACUGAGGCACUUGAAGUUGAGCGAAGCUAAAAUGGACUAUGAUAAAUGAGCGAAAAAUACUUUAUUUUAAGCAUAGCAAUUAAGACGAUGAUUUUAUGUACAUAUAUAAAUUAAGUGCGUACGAUAAUCGUGAAAGUAGUUUUCUUUAAAUUGAUAUUGACUAUAUGCAUAUAUGUACAUAUAUUUAGGAAAUAUGUUGAAUGUUUUUAAUUGUACAAAACUUGAAACGGUAUUAAAAAAUAAUAGUUUUCAUACAAAUU